AUCUUAAUAUUUAUUAAAUGAAUCUUCAUACUUAUAUAAUUUUGUAAUCAUUUGUACCUUACCAUAAAAAAAUUUAAACCAUGGUUCACAAAAAUUUUAACGUGAAACUUUUAACAGUUUUAGUAAUUUAUAAUCAUUUAAGAAAAUUAAACUAUAACAUAUUCGGAAAAAUCUAAAUUUAUUAUAUGGUUAAUGUGGUUGUUCAUAGUACAUCCGAGUCUACUUACAGUUUCAAUGUUAAUUUUGAAAGUCUGAUUAGUAUUUGUUAGGAUAAACUAACCUUUAAAAGUUUAUAUAUCAUAUACAAGUUUAUACCCAUUCAUAUUUUAUCACCUUUGUAUCACUCACAUAAUACAUGAAUAUUAUGCGUUUCUAAUAUAGUCAAAAUAAUAAUUCAAAUAAAUUUUAUUAACAAAACGUGUGCAAGUAAUAGGUAAACAUGGGUAGCAAAUAUUCAGAAAAUUAACCUGCAGAAAGAUCUAUAAAAGAGUACUUCAUGAUCACUUUUAAAUAAGAUCACACCAGAAUACAAAUUCAGUUAUAGUAUAUUCAGAAAUACUCUGAAAAAUAUUUUUUCCUUAGUAUCUUUAAUAGUUUAUAAACUUAACAUAUUCAAAAAAUUAAAACUACAAGAUUAACUUUGUCUCACUUAACAUUCAAAUCAAAACAGAAACAAAAUAAAUUACAGUAUGUUUCUUCUUCCUCUAUUAUCUUAAACUAGUUAAUAAUCCGCGCCCUGUGCGGAGUGAAUUUUUUGAAAAAUAUAUUAUACUUAAAUAUUAUAAACAAUAUACAUUUUGUUAUCAAUAACUUUUCUUACAUUUGAUUAGAGAUGAUCAUCGAGUACCAUUUGAUGUGAUUCAGAUCUUUGAGAGUUUGGUUCGGUUUGAAUCUUUGCGGGUUUGGUUCGGGUUUGGUUCGGAUAACCUAUUUAAAUUUUUUUCAAAAAUUAAAAUUCAUAUAUACUUUAAAUUUUUCAAAAUCUAAAAAUAAAAAUAGUAUAUAACAUAUAAAUUUGAAUAAUGUAUGCUAAAAUACUUAAAAUUAAUAUAAAAGUUUGUUUAACUUAAAUAUUUGGAUAGAAAAUCAACAGAUAUUUUAAGUAUUUUAGGUAUUAUAAAUAUCGUUUAGCUAUUUUAGACAUGUACUUAUAACUAUUUGCAUAUAUUUCCAAAUAUUUUGGACAACUUAAAAAUGUCUUAUAUAUUUUAUAAAUUCUUUUAGAUAUUAAACUUGAUUAAUAUAUUUAAGUAUAUGAUCCGGUUCUCUAGAUACAAAAAUUUUGAAUCCAUUCGAAUAUCUAAUUUUGGUUAAAAUUCAGUACUAUUCUUUGGAUCGGCCUUGGUUCAUUUUUUUGGAUUCGGAUUUUUUUACCUAACCCUAUAUUUUUAUCGUCACAAAAUUAUAAAUAAAAAUGAUGAUGGUUCAUAUUGAUUUUGGAUGUGCAACAAUUUUUAAACCAAAACAUAUUUUAUUAUAUAUGUGGUCCAUUUAGUUAAUCACUAAAAACUAUUCAAGGCCCAUUUAAGAAAAAACAAUGGGCUGAACUAAAUUUAAAGUCGUUUUAAACCUAAUCGCAAACAAUUCAAAUAGAUUUUUUACAUUUUUUUGUAAUUUAAAGUCGUUUUAAAAAAUUCAAAAUAUAACAUAUAAUAAAAAAACUUUUUUUUAUUAUAUGUUUAAUUUGAUUUUUUAAAUUUUAAUAAUAUAAAAUUAUACAAAAAUGAAGAAAGAUGCAAAAAUUGUUAUCAAAUUUAUUAUUCAUAAUCAUUAAUUGUCACAUAGUUUUAAUCAUAUUAGGUAACUCCGUAACUUUUAUUUAAGAAAAAAUACACAUUGUUUUUAUAUUUUGGGUUAAUAUAAUGUUACCUAGUAACUAGAUUUUGGACUAACAUUUUUUUCAAUUGAUUUUUAAUCUGUCACUUAAGCUAAAUUGACAUUCUAAUUAAGAGACAACUAAACAAAGUCUUUUUUAAUUAGUACAAACUUAAGGUUACAACUUUUUAAAUUAUCUUCAAUUAAUAUAUAAGGGAUAUAUACGGUUAAAUGAAUUCAUAGAUUAGAUGUUAGUUGUAAAAAAAAUCAUAGAUAUACACACCAAAUAAUUAGGAGUAAAACUACACUACAAAAAUAAAUAUCCUCUUCAAUGUAUUAUCCGAUUUAUAGUAAAUUUUAAUUAAAUAUUUUUCUUAUAUAUUUAUACAAUUUUUUUUAAAUAGAAUAUUUUUAUUUACUCUCCUGGUGCAACUGCAAAUAUUAGCUAUUUUGAUUUUGAGAGGCUUUAAGUGAUACAAAACGGUUUACAUCUUUUUUUGUGAUUGUUAUAAAAAUUAAAAAAUCGCUACCAAUCAAGUCAUAUAAAUCACCAGUGAAACUCAAAUUCUUUCGAAUAUUAUAUCAAAUACACGUCUACUGAUUUUGCACUUGUACAAUUUACUUCUUUUUUUUUUUAAGAAACACUUAUACAAUUUACUUCAAAGCAUUAUAAAUGAAAAAAAGAAAAAAAAGAGAUUAGUAACAUGAUAAUGGGAACGUAAAAUCUAUAGAAAAUCAAUCGCCACUAACCAAGAACGGUUACAAGUAUGAAAAGACUUUUUGGGCAAGUAUAACGAGCAAUUAAAGAGAAUUUAUUUGAAAUCUUCUCAAACACGGUACACUAAUAAUCCCUAUCUCUCCUCUCCCUAUAUAAACAGAUCUAUUUCACGACUAAACUCCACACCUACAACAGUCAUGGAAGAAUCACACUGUUCAGACUUGAUUUCUAAAAGACAGCGUCUCGAUUCUUACAUAGCCGGAGAUAUCACAAACCCUAAAGGCGAGGGUUCUUCUAAGCUCGUCCAGUUUGCUGACAAUGUCGUCUACAGAUUGUACUUCAAAGGCUUGGUGAGCGACGAGGUGGCGGCGGCUGAGAGUGGAGAAAGGACCGUGACGGCUGGAUUCGGAGUCGCGAUCUGCGACGUGGCGGAUAACUUGUUGUAUGAGAUGAAGGAAUCACUGAGUGGCGGCGGCGAGGUUAAGCGCAGAGGAGUGGAGAUUAGGGCAUUGAUUCAUGGCUUAAGUGAAGCCUUCAACAUGGGGAUCAGACAUGUCAGGAUUCACUCCGAUGAUUAUCCCAUUUUUCAAUUCAUAAAUGGUGGAGACAAGCCUAAACAGAACGAUAUGCGUCAGCUAGUGAACGAAGUUUGUCGCUUGAAAUAAAAAAUGAACUCUUGUGAACCUCUUAUGGUUGCACGGAACGAUGUCAAGUUCGCUUUUAAGCUGGCUAGAGAGGCAAUAGUUUCUCAAAGCAGCAGCUUGGAUCUGAAGGCAGCACAGGGAACAACAUGUGCCAUCUGUCUCGAAGAAACCGAUGCUGGGAGGAUGUUCUCGACUGAACAAUGCCUUCACCGUCAUUGCUUUUCUUGCGUGAAACAGUACGUGGAAGUGAAGCUGCUUAGCGGAAUCGUGCCCACGUGCCUUGGUGAAGGAUGCAAGCUGGAGCUCACUCUUGAAAGCUGCAGCAAGAUUUUGACGCCUAGGGUGACUGAGAUGUGGAAACGAAAGAUGAAAGAGGAUUCGAUCCCCGCUGCUGAGAGAAUCUAUUGCCCGUAUCCGAACUGUGCAAUGUUGAUGUCCAAAUCUGAUCUUUCGAGCCACGCUGACCAAUCGAAAGUUCAAGAAUGUGUCAAAUGCCGUGGACACUUUUGUAUUGAUUGCAAAGUACCAUCGCAUACCGAUAUGUCGUGUGAUGAGUACAAGAAACUGCACCCUGACCCUUUAGUUGAUGAGCUAAAGUCUCUGGCAAACGACAAUAAGUGGCGUCAAUGUGUCAAGUGUAGGCACAUGAUUGAACUUUCUCAUGGUUGCAACCACAUGACUUGCAGAUGUGGAUAUGAGUUCUGCUACAAAUGUGGGGUAGAAUGGAAGAAGAACCAAAAUUCGUGCCCCUCGGGUUGUCAACGCACUGGCCAUGGUGAUUAUGAUGAUGAAGAUGAUGCUGAUGGUGACUCUGAACAUUCUUGUGAAGAGGAUAUGUGUGAAUGCUAUUAUGAUGAUGAUGGUGUUCGUUGGCGCGACUGGGAAGACUUUGUGGAUCAUCAACCUCGUGUCUAUGACAUGUCGCCGGUUCCUCCGGGUGCGGUGCAAGAGUAUGAAGCUUUUGUCAUUGAAGAAGGCAAUGAUGAUGAAUAUGACGAUUACAACAACUACGGUGGCCUAACGGAAUCUGACAAUGACGGAGGGUUUGAGGACUUCUACAGGGAUUAUUAUUCUCUUUAAUCUAUCUUUUUUUAUUAGAGUUGUUUUGGAAUACUUUUCCAUAUUUUCUGUGUUUCUUCCUUCGUUAUGUUUAAAUGAAAAAUUAAUUUAAGACAGUGUUUAAGUAACAUUAUGCUAAGAAAAAAAAGCUUUGCUC